GUGUGCGUCACGCUGACGACGCGCGAAGGGCACAGAUCUGCCGGCUGGGAGGGCAUUCUGUCUCUGUGAGCCGCAGUCUUUCUGUGGGAUCGGACGGGUGUUCGCCAUCUUAGGCAGUGAAAGAUGUUCUCGUCCGUGGCACACCUGGCACGGGCUAACCCCUUCAAGGCGCCGCACAUGCAGUUGGUGCACGAUGGCCCGUCGGAGCCCCGCAGCAGUCCCGCUGGGUCCCCAGGCCUGCCCCGCCGCUCCCGCAACCUGGCGGCCGCCGCCGUGGAAGAGCAGUAUAGCUGUGACUAUGGAUCUGGCAGAUUCUUUAUCCUUUGUGGAAUUGGAGGAAUUAUUAGCUGUGGCACAACACAUACAGCACUGGUUCCUCUAGAUCUGGUUAAAUGCAGAAUGCAGGUGGACCCCCAGAAAUACAAGGGCAUAUUUAAUGGAUUCUCCGUUACACUUAAAGAGGAUGGUGUUCGCGGUUUGGCUAAAGGGUGGGCUCCAACUUUCAUUGGCUACUCUAUGCAAGGACUUUGUAAGUUUGGCUUUUAUGAAGUCUUCAAAGUCUUGUAUAGCAACAUGCUUGGAGAGGAGAAUACCUAUCUCUGGCGCACAUCGCUGUAUUUGGCUUCCUCUGCCAGUGCUGAAUUCUUUGCUGACAUAGCCCUGGCUCCUAUGGAAGCUGCUAAGGUUCGAAUUCAAACUCAGCCAGGUUAUGCCAACACUUUGAGGGAUGCAGCUCCCAAAAUGUUUAAGGAAGAAGGCUUAAAUGCAUUCUACAAGGGGGUUGCUCCUCUCUGGAUGAGGCAGAUCCCAUACACCAUGAUGAAGUUUGCCUGUUUUGAACGUACUGUUGAAGCUUUGUACAAGUUUGUGGUUCCCAAGCCCCGAAGUGAAUGUUCAAAGGGACAACAGCUUGUUGUAACCUUUGUGGCCGGUUAUAUAGCUGGAGUCUUCUGUGCAAUUGUUUCUCACCCUGCUGACUCUGUGGUGUCUGUGUUGAAUAAAGAGAAAGGUAGCAGUGCUUCUCAGGUUCUCCAGAGACUUGGAUUUAAAGGUGUCUGGAAAGGACUCUUUGCCCGUAUCAUCAUGAUUGGCACUCUGACUGCACUACAGUGGUUCAUCUAUGACUCCGUGAAGGUCUACUUCAGACUCCCUCGUCCUCCUCCACCUGAGAUGCCAGAGUCUCUGAAGAAGAAACUUGGUUUAACUCAGUAGAUUAAUAAAAGCAAAUAUGGACUGAAUCUGCUUGCUGAUCAGUGUUGAAGAAAGUCAAAAGGAACUUUUAUAUAUUUGACAAUGUAGAAAAUUGUCUAUUCCUGAUAUGAUUACUGGUAGAGUACCCUUGCCAAAGGCAAGAGUUUCAAAUUUACUGUUGAAAUAAACCCAACUGUUGAUGAUUUGUUGGUGCCUUGAUCCAUUAUUUGAAACACUAGUUUUA